AUGGAUAUGGAAAUAAACGAAGAUUUUGUUAAUGUAAACAGCAACGUUAUGGAAUGUUUCUCGGGGGAAGAUUUGGUAUCUGAAUCAGAGAACGAGGAUAACAAUGAAGAAUGGCAAGAAGUAAAAGGAAGAACUUCAUUAGUAAAUGAGUAUUCGGAAGAAGAAACAUUUUUACGUGAAGACACUGACUGUAAUGAUCAUUUUGCUUUAUACAGAUUAUUCUUUACGGAUUACAUACUAGAAAAGAUAGUCGAAGAAACAAACAAAUAUGUUGCACAAUGCAUAAAUAAUUCAUCAUUUAUAAGUAGAACRCACCAACUGCCCUGGAAGCCUGUUACAAAACAUGAAAUGAAUACUUUUAUUGGCAUCUUGCUGAUUAUGGGUGUAAUGCCAUCACCAGAUAUUAGAUUAUAUUGGUCUCGAAAGGAGAUGUUUACAAACCUACGCAUAAAAAAUGCAAUGAAACGUGACCGUUUUUUAUCGAUUCUUAAGUAUUUACAUUUUUCGAACAAUACCACUGCCAGAAAUGAAGAUCGGUUGAASAAAAUUCGAGACGUUAUUGAAGCAUUUGUGGAUACGUUUAGGAGCUCUAUUAGACYUGGUAAAAAUAUCGUCAUCGAUGAAAGUAUGAUUCCAUGGAGAGGACGCCUAGGUUUUAGGCAAUAUAUCCCAGGCAAGCGACAUAAGUACGGCGUAAAGAUAUACUAA